AUAAAUCGUCUUUGGGUUCUUGCAGGAGUUAAAGUCCCUCGUAAUUUUCGCUUGUUGGAAGAGCUUGAGGAAGGACAGAAGGGUGUCGGUGAUGGGACGGUGAGCUGGGGUCUGGAGGAUGACGAGGAUAUGACUCUCACACGGUGGACAGGCAUGAUCAUCGGACCUGCACGAACUAAUUAUGAAAACAGGAUAUACAGCCUGAAAGUGGAGUGCGGACCUAAAUAUCCCGAAGUACCACCAACUGUUAGAUUUGUAACAAAAAUUAGCAUGAAUGGAAUAAAUAAUUCCAAUGGGAUGGUAAGUUGA